GGCACGUCACCCCUGAACGCGGCAUGUAAACAAACCGUGGUGAGCCUCCGUGGCCGCUGUAGCGUGUUGUAGCUAGGAAAGAUAUAUAGUGUAACGCCAUUGAAAAGACGAGUGCUUCAAUAAGGAGAAAAGAGGAUCAAGAGGAAGAGGACCUACGAAGCGGUACAGGUCAAAAGAAGAACACCUACAUCAUCACACGUCUUUGCACGUGACACAUCCUCCUGAAGUACAGCUCCGAGCAAGCCGUGGUCCCAUGGCCUAACCACCCCCUAAAACACUGAAGAAGAAGAAGCUCCGAGCAAGGGAUCUACAAGGGCUCAGGGUGACACGGAGGCUCUGAACGAGGUCUAGGGUGAGAGGUGGCGAGGCGUGAGCAAGGCCAAAGCAAGAGUAUCCCUGUCCUGUGCCCUUGCGUGUGAGGGGGAGGCACCCUCAUCAUGUCCAUCCCCGACAAGUCUUGGCAGCCGCCCUGCGUGGUACUGGAGACCUCGAUGGGUGACGUCACCCUGGAGCUGUACUGGAAACAUGCCCCAAACACCUGCCGCAACUUUGCCGAACUCUCCCGCCGUGGCUACUACAAUGGCUGCAAGUUCCACCGCAUCAUCCGGGACUUCAUGAUCCAAGGCGGAGACCCAACUGGAACAGGGCGGGGCGGGGCAUCCAUCUACGGCAAGCACUUCAACGAUGAGAUCCACGAGGAAUUGAAGCACACUGGGGCGGGGCUUCUCUCCAUGGCCAACGCCGGGCCCAACACCAAUGGCUCACAGUUCUUCCUCACUCUGGCACCGACGCAGUGGCUGGACGGCAAGCACACGAUAUUCGGCCGAGUGUCAGCGGGCAUGCAGGUGGUGAAGCGGAUGGGCCUGGUGGAGACCGACAAUGGCGACCGACCCGUGGAUCCAGUCAAAGUCAAGAGGGCUUACGUCAAGAUGCACUGACCUGGUUCUUGGGCUGACUGACUGCUUGGCCUUUGUGACGGGGAAUGGGGUAGGGGGCAUGGAGGAGUUGGCUGGGGGAUGGGGUAGGGGGCAUGGAGGAGUUGGUGGGGGAAUGGGGUAGGGAGGAGUUUGGAGACCUGUGUAAGCCUUAUUUAAGAAGCAGCUGGUUGUAUAAGUAUUGCAGAGGCAGUUAGUUAUGUCUCCUAAUAUUGAAGAAUCGGCUAUUAUAUCUCUUAAUAUUGGUGAAUCAGCUGAUUAUGUCUCAUGCCAGAAUGGCUGCGGGUUGCUCGCUGGGCUGUAUGGUGUAAAGGGGAGUGAAGAGUGUUAAGGGGGUAUUACACUGGGCAAAUUUUCCGUGGACCUUCAGUCAAACCACGAUUUCCGCUGGCGUGGUUCUCAUUUGUUUCUUGUUACUGCUGCUGAUGAUGAUGGUGAGUAAUACCGUCGUCCUUCAGUGAAAUCUACCGUAGCUUUGGAAGAUCGUGGACACGUCAGAAAACCACGGAAAUAUGAGAACCACGCCAGCGGAAAUCGUGGUUUGACUGAAGAUCCAUUUGCCCAGUGUAACAGCCCCUUAAGAUCAGUGUGUGUUGAGGAAAGGACAGGCAGUGUGUAUGAAUGGUAGUGUGACCAGUACUUGAAGACAUAGCCAGCAGUCUCUCCAAUACUUAGACAUAACCAUCUUACCCUUCAAUAUUAAGACAACCAGCUGUCUCUCAUACUAAGAUAAUAACCACCUGUCUCCCAUACUAAAAGGCGCAACCAGCUACCUCUCCAAUACUUAGACAUAACCAUCUGAUUCUCCAGUAUUAAAAGACAUAGCCAGCUGUCUAUCCAGUACUUAAAGACUGAACCAGCUGGCUUUUAAGUGUGUGUUCUGGGUUGUGGGGAAUUUUUACUUCUUUGAAAUUAAACACCAACCUCCAUUUUUUAUAUAAAUGACUUUAAAAUGGAAAAUGGA